GCCCCGUGCACGCGAGCAAAGGCACACCGCUCUGGCGGAGUCCUAACCAGAGACUGGAAUCGCGGUGUAAUCAAGAAAGGAGGCGGUAUCUCCGGUGUAACGAUGGAACUGUAAAAUAAAUACGGAAGGGGGAAACAGAUGGCACAGUCUUCGCCUGUGGACCCCAUCCUGCGAAAGAAGCCUCAUAGAUCCUCAUAGAUCCUUCAACGAUUGCCUGAGUAGGGCGAUCUACGAGCUGCUCAUUGAACAUCAUUCAGCCCGUAAGUCACAGUGUGAUAGAGUGGACAUGGUGGUUUGACGGCUGGCUGUCACUGCAGAGCUGAAGCUGCAGAGUGAGAGAGAGACACAGAGAUAUACGAAAAGAGAGGGCGAGAGAGGCUGUCUGGCUCCAUGUCUGCCCCUGCGCCUUCCACCGGGAGGUCUGUGUCGGGCUCACACAGAUUCAACCCUCUGAAGGCUCUGCAGCCCAAACGGCGCUUGCAGCAAAUGCUGUCGUCCUCCUCGCCCGUGCCUGUAGCCGUGCCCGCGCCCCCUGCGUUCGACUACUGCAGGUUCAUAGAGCUAGACUACAUUCCAAUGGAGACAGACUAUAUGGUUUCAAUGCGCCCAACGGAACGAGGAUAUCUCACUACCAAGUCUCCGGAGCGGCACUGUCGAAGGACAGCUGCCCCAGUCAGCAACAGAGAUCCCUAUGGCAACGCCUCUCUCAGCAGCAGCAGCACUAACUCUGGCUCCUGCAAGGGCAGUGAUUGCAGCCCCACCAAGGGGCGUCACAUGAAGGCAUACGCCUCAUGUACAGAUAACCAUGGCAUCCGCCCCCCUCCCCCAGAGCAGUACCUCACACCCCUGCAGCAGAAGGAGGUGUGUAUCAGACACCUGCGGGCCCGGCUCAAGGAGUCAGUCGACAGGCUGCAGGACAGGGACUCUGAGAUCGAUGCGUUGAAGGCCCAGCUGUGUCGGAUGCAGGAGGACUGGGUUGAAGAGGAGUGUCACCGCGUGGAGGCCCAGCUGGCCCUGAAAGAGGCGCACAGGGAGAUCCAGCAGCUCAAGGAAGUGGUGGACGUGGUGCGCACCAACCUCAGCUCCAGCGACUCCACCGACACCGGCGUCCAGAAAUACUUCCAGGACAUCAAUGCCCAGAACCUCAAGCUGGAGAACCUGCUGCUCAGCAUGGAGCUGGCUCAGAACGGGGUGGCCAAGGAGGGUGGCUCCAAGAGUCUGUGUGGGUCCUGUGACGGCUCCCCCGCCCGUUCUCUGACUCAUAGCUCUACCUACACCAAGCUGAGCGACCAUGCACUGGGGGAUAAGAACGGGAACGGCCUGUCAGGGGAGGAGAACCAUGACAGCGGCUUUGUGUGCUGUGGGGAGAGUCACAGUGCAGCCAGCAGUCACAGGGCAGACAGCAGUCACAGGGCAGACAGCAGUCACAGGGCAGACUUACUCCUGGAGGCAGCCUUCCUAUCUGAAGAGACAGCCUCACUGCUCAGCACCUACUCCCACCUGCCACAGUCCUCCACCUACGAGAAGCUGUGCACCGGGCAGGACAGGGUGGUGCCCCUGCGCUGUGCCAUGGGUGGGGCGGGCAGCACCAACCACUCCUGUCUGUCCCACCACCACCUGUACCUGCACCACCUCAGGGAGCAGGCCGUCCAGACAGAGAGCUGCCCCGUCCCGGUGGGGUUGGGCUACGCCUCUGACCUGGACACCAUCACCGAGCGCACCUUCCGCUCUCAGGCCUGCAGCCCGACCUCCACCUGGGUCUCAGAUGAGGGAGAUGACCUGGACUCAGUUACCAUGACGUCAGUCACCAUGACAACUCUCACAGCUACAACAGCUGAGCCCGCUCCUGGUACUCCUUUACCCAGCUCUGCCUCUGUCUCCUGUGCAGUGGAUAUGGCCUCCCUAUCAGUGAAGGAGGAUGGGAAGAUGGUGGGAGAGUUGGAGAGGCAUAUAGAGGUAGUGGGGGAGGGUGCAGUGGGGAUGGUAGAGGUAGGCAAGCAGCAGGAGGAGGAGGAUGUGGGGUUGGUACAGUUGUGUAAGCAGGAGGAGGUAAAGGUGCUGGGGUUGGUGAGGGAGUGGAAGCAGGGGGAUGUCCGGGAGUUAGAUCUAUAUAAUCAGAGUGAGGAGGUUUUGGAGGUGAAGAAUCAGAGAGCGGUUGAGGAGGUGAGGUCAGUGGAGGUGGAGGAGCGGCCCCACACCUCCCAGCCCAGGAGCAGCUCGCUACAGGAGAUAGCUGGGGUGACAGUGGUGGAGGUUGAUGAUGAUGAAGAGGCUGAGGUUCAGGGAGCAGUAGGGGGAGCAGAGGAGUCUACCUCUUCUGAGUCUGGACCUGCAGUGAAGAGCUACUGGAGCCGCCACUUCCUGGUGGACCUGCUGGCAGUGGCUGUGCCAGUGGUUCCCACGGUGGCAUGGCUGUGCCAGGGGGCACGGCGCGAUGGACUGCCAAUUUACCACUUCGGCUCACUGCUGCGUGGCUGCUGCACAGUGGCCCUCUCCUCCCUGCGCAGGGGCGGUGGAGUCAGGCACUACCCCGCGGGCACAGGUGGGGUAGCCAUGGGGGGCACCGAGAUCUGAGACAGGCCCCAUAACAGCCUGGGAACUGCACACACACAGCACUGCCCUCUCUGGUCCUGGGUCCUGGGUUUGUCCUCCACCUGAAUUACUGGGUAAAGAAAGGAGGGGAGCGAUGAUUUUGAAUAAAUUAUUCCGAAGACAGGACAGCCCCAGCAAACCAUAUAACCCUCUCUGGUGGUGGCCUCUUCCACCUCUUCCGCUAGACUGAGAAGGGACACCAGGAUGUGUUGAACUGACACUAAAUGGUAGAACUGAACAGUUCAAUGGAUACUGAAUGGCCGGAGUGUGACUGAUGGGGAUUGUAACCACUCUCGUGUGCAGGGAGACUGAAAGGUCUGUCCGUCACUUUGGCUCCCUUUAUUGGUCCAGUUCCAUUUUGACUCGUGUGUAAGAAAUGUGUGAU